UCGAAAAUUCAACCGCCAUGAUUGUUGCGUUUGUGUUUUAGGCUGCGUUCAGUCCGUCCGUUAGGUCCGGGCUGCUUUUAAGUAGCUGGUUAGAAAAGAAAAGGCGACUUUAGUGCAUUGUUCUCAGGGAGGAAAUUGGAUACAUCAACAUGGAGUCCAAGUUUGCUGACCUGCGAUGGCGGGACGCAAGUGUGUCGAUGCUUAGGGUAAAGCAGUCCCGCAGGAGGUCUCAGUCCCAAAAGGAGAACCGAGAACGGAUGGUGAACACUCGCAGGCAGCUGGGUAAACUCCAAGAACUGGAGCUCUCUUCCCUGGACGCCUCCAUGGUUACCACCAAUCUGUCAACUAUUCAGGAGAAGACGCAGAUCAAUGCUAAAGCUGCUAAAACUACAGCACUAGAUAGGCUGAAACGGCUUCAGAGCUGGAAAGAGCAGAAGGCUCUGAAGAAGGAGAAGGAAAGACGAGAAAAGGAGUCUAAAGGAGUUUUUAAGAUUGGGCUCUAUCAACCAAAGGACUCGUUUACGUUUGCUCCGCUGCCUGUGGUUCCACCAGCCUCAUCGAGACCUAAGGAGAAUAAGGGGAAUACGGCUCCACUCCAGAACACCAGAGUCACACGAUCCAUGAAACAGGCCAGGCAGGAACCACAGAAGCCUGUGGUGAUACAUCCAAAUACUCGGGCAAACAAAGUCCAACCUCCUGCUGAAAGAUUAACUAGGAGUCGUGCAGCUCCUGUCACACUUGCACCAGCUUCCACCAGGACCGGUGCAGGCUAUCCUGCUCCAUCAGGGCCAGGCGGACGAGCUUUAUCAAGCAGAUCAGCCAACAGGCCUCCUGUUACGAGACCUCCUUUGGCGAAAGACAAUCCUAAGGCCAAAUGUGCAGAUGUGAGAACCACAAGGAGCAGAACUGGUGUCAGCCUCCUGUCUGCCCCUGCUGGAGGAGUAAGGAACUGUAAAGCUCCUAGCAUCACAGCCCAGCCAGAUGACCACAAGGAUAUUGAGCUCAUGGAGCCUCAGGUCCAGGAACCAGAGAAAAGAAUUUGUCCUCCAAGCCCAACUCGUUGUCCUGAGAAGAAGGACAUGGUGGUUAACCAGGCUGAACAGGAAGCUGACCCUGCUGUGGAUUCUUCUUCAUUCGCUCCACAAGGCUUUGUCUUUCAGGCCCCUGCUGGCUUGUUGUCCUACAAGCUGGAGCCUUUCACCCCUCGUUCAGCAGAUGCCUUCCUCACACCAAGUUCCAGUUUCAAUCUUCCACCAGCCCCAGUAUUCAGUGGUGAGCCUCCAGCUAAGCCCAGUCCCACAAAGACUCCUCGCUGCUCUCCUCUUCAUGCCUCUCCAACGUUUGCCCCUUCAACCUCAGGCAGUCCCCAGGAAUCCAAGCACGAUGUUCCUUACUUCAGAUCAACAGUCUCCAAUGAGACAGAGCGACUAACAAAUCUCUGCCUGAACUGGGAAUCCAAAGUGGAGGAUGAGUCCAUCCCAGAAGAGAUGAGAGACCAAAUGCGCACAGCAAUCGGCCAAGCAAGGCUGCUGAUGAAGAAGCGUUUCAAGCAGUUCAGUGGUCUGGUGGAUGACUGCGAACUGGGCCGUGGGGAGAAGAUCACCACCUGCACCGACUUGCAGGGUUUCUGGGACAUGGUUUAUUUCCAGGUGGAAGACGUCAACAGGAGGUUUGAAUCUCUCAAAGAAGCAGAGGGCCGAGGCUGGGUGGAGGAACUUAAACGCCCACCACAACAGAGGAAAGUGAUCAAGAAAACUUCAGCAGCUCCUGCCAAGCCAACAGGGAACAAGGCUGCAGCCAAAUCUCGCCUGGCUGCUGUAAAAGCAGCAAUGAGAGCCCAGCAGCAGGCAGCUGAGGCCAAGAAAGCAGGGAAGGAUGAAGCCAACACUGACGACGCUGGUAGCAGUCAGCAGCCACAAGCAGAAGGUCCAACUGUUGUCUUUGAUGGAGGUUUCUUCCAGGUGGAGAGCCCAGCAAAACCAUCAAUACGGCGAUCCAGCUGCCUAACUCCUGCUGCCCCGCCCCGCGCUUCUCCUCAGGGAAGUUACCUCACGCCCAGAAGAGUCACUCGGCGGUCGCUUGCAUUGGCCCAGACGUGUGUUCACGCUAACGCUUCCCCUGCUCAGCCUGGCCUCUCUGCUGGAAAACCCCCCCUCGCUGUAGAGAAAACCCCAGGACCAAAGUCCCAGCGAGGCACUCCUCAGGCCUCGCAGAAGAAGAAUGACGCGGUGAAGCUCUCUCUGUGUUUCUCUGCGGUGGAAGAAGUUCUUUCAGACGAGGCCCAGUCAGGCCAAAGUCCCAAACAUGCAGAAAGUUUCCCUAAGCUGGAAGAAGCUGCCUUUGCUGCUGAAUUGGGCGCACACAAGCAUGAGCUUCCAACUAUUUCUGUAGAAAAGAUGGACUUCAGACCAUCUGAAGACAUGGGGGAUGUUUCACCAAGACUGUCCCAGACACCGUGCAAAACUCCUGCUCCAGUCCAGCUGACUCCUCAGCCUCCAUCAGCCCUGAGUUUCACUCUGUCCCCCUGUGGAUCUCCUGCUGAGCUGGUCCCCAUGGAGGCCCAGCGGUCUGUCUCUCCCGCAUCAGAUGGGUCGGCCAUUGAGGAACUUCCUGGUUUGGACUUUGAGCGUUAUCUCCAGCCGUCACAGAGGUGUAGUCUGUCACCGGGGGACACUGUUGCUAUGGAGAUGUUGCCAUCUGAGGGAGCAGAUGUGGAGAUGGAGAGUCCUAGAGGACAACCUGAAGAGCUGCUGACUCAUCUGGAGCCAGCACUGUCAACGGUGUCUUCGGUGUUUACUCCUCAGUCACCACAGGUCCAGACGGCAGAGUCAGCCCUGCUUCUCUUCACCCCGGCCCUGAAGGACAGGAUACGCCAGUCCACCUGUCCGAAUGAUCUGAUGGUCUUCACCCCUCCUAACCUAUAGAGUAUUUCUGGAACCGUUCAGUUUGGAUUUGUAAAAACAUGUCAAAUGUCUGUAAAAAUAUGUGCUUUUAGAUAUACCCAUUUUAAAAUCAGUAGAAAAUCUCAGUUCAGUUUUACAAAGAACUUCUAAUUAAAGUUUGAUUUGCGAAAAGUC